CUCCCCCCGCCUUGUCGGGGGGCCCCCCUGCUCGCCCUGGACCCCCCUUCUCUGCGGAUGUGCAGGAUCACUGCUCGGAGCCGUGCCAUAGACUGCAGCCCAUACCUCCUUUACUUACAGGGGAGAUCCAUUUUUGCGCCUCUUUAACAGGGAGCGGGAGCUGCGCCCGUGCCUGCAGUGCAGAUGUGGAAGCGGACGUGUCCCCGCAAGUUCUCAGUGGUGCAGCCCGGGGCUGGAGGCAACUGCUCAUCGUGCAAUCCCCAAAGUCAGCUCAGGUUCCAGCUGUUCCAAAACUACAACUCUCAGCUGUUGUGGCAUGAUAGGAGUUGUAGUUUUGCAAUAGCCGGAGGCCACAGGUUGGAGAUCAUUACUCGGAUCGCUGCUCUCAGGCUGUUGUAGCAUGCUGGGAGUUGUAGUUUUGCAAUAGCCGGAGGCCACAGGGUGGAGAUCAUUCCUCGGAUCACUGCCCGCAGGUUGAUAUAGCAUGCUGGGAGUUGUAGUUUUGCAAUAGUCGGAGGCCACAGGGGGCAGAUCAUUCCUCGGAUCACUGCCCGCAGGUUGAUAUAGCAUGCUGGGAGUUGUAGUUUAGCAAUAGCUGGAGGCCACAGGGGGCAGAUCAUUCCUCGGAUCACUGCCCGCAGGUUGAUAUAGCAUGCUGGGAGUUGUAGUUUUGCAAUAGUCGGAGGCCACAGGGGGGAGAUCAUUCCUCAGAUCACUGCCCGCAGGUUGAUAUAGCAUGCUGGGAGUUGUAGUUUUGCAAUAGUCGGAGGCCACAGGGGGGAGAUCAUUCCUCAGAUCACUGCCCACAGGUUGAUAUAGCAUGCUGGGAGUUGUAGUUUUGCAAUAGUCGGAGGCCACAGGGGGGAGAUCAUUCCUCGGAUCACUGCCCGCAGGUUGAUAUAGCAUGCUGGGAGUUGUAGUUUUGCAAUAGUCGGAGGCCACAGGGGGGAGAUCAUUCCUCAGAUCACUGCCCGCAGGUUGAUAUAGCAUGCUGGGAGUUGUAGUUUUGCAAUAGUCGGAGGCCACAGGGGGGAGAUCAUUCCUCAGAUCACUGCCCACAGGUUGAUAUAGCAUGCUGGGAGUUGUAGUUUUGCAAUAGUCGGAGGCCACAGGGGGGAGAUCAUUCCUCGGAUCACUGCCCGCAGGUUGAUAUAGCAUGCUGGGAGUUGUAGUUUUGCAAUAGCUGGGAGCCACAGAUUGAAGAUCAUUACUCGGUUCACUGCUCACAGGCUGUUGUAGCAUGCUGGGAGUUGUAGUUUUGCAUUAGUCGGAGGCCACAGGGUGAAGAUCCUUAGCCCCAAUUUAUAUGUGUGACACAGAUCGCUCCCUGCAGAGUGUUGUGGCAUGCUGGGAGUCGUAGUUCUGCAGUAGCCACAGGGUGGAUAUCAUUGGCCCUAGUUUAGAUCUGUGACGCGGAUCACCCCCUAAACCUGAUGUAGGUAAUUUGGGAGAGCAGGCACAGGGUAAGCGAAUCCCGGCAGCAGCUGUCACCUGUACAGUCAGUAGAAAAGCGGCACUGCGCAGGCGCCCCACAGUACAGAAUGCAGGUGCCAAUGUCCGCUUCCUACUAACAGCCAAUCCUGUGCCAGGGCUUCACCUUCAUGCACAUUCUAUAUCGGGCAUCUCUCUGCUGUGUGACUAGAGGGUUAUAUUGACAUGUUUUGCCUCGCUGUGUGUUUGGUGCUUUGUGUCUGUGCUGGUAACAUCAGUGGACAUAUCGUGCUCGUCUUUGAUGUUCCGUCUCUUCUUUGUGUUCCUUGUGAAAUCGCUGCCAGUCACUGCAGUGGACAUCUGCUCAUCAGCACAACAAUGAAUGGCUGCCACCCCCACCACUACAGUACUUCUAAGGCCGCUUUCACACAGUCAGCGUUUGGUCAGUUUUUGAUCAGUGAUUGUGAGUCAAAAACACAGAACAGGAGCAGAUCUUCCCAUUUUACCCUAUGUCUGUGGAGGCUCCGGUCCUGCUGUUGGCUCACAAUCACUGAUCAAACACUGAUGUUUGAAAGCAGCCUAAGGCCCAGUUCACACUUCAGUGAUUGUGAGCCAAAACCAGGUGCAGGUGCAGAUCACAGGCAGAUCAUUUCAUUAUACCUUUUCUCUGUGUAGCCCGCGCUUCUGGUUUUGGCACACAAUCGCUGUACUUGGCCAUAGAAGCUGGCUGGUAGAGGGGUUUAAAAACAGCGCCACACUUGGCCAUGGGCUGUGACUGGCAUUGCAGCUUAGUCCCUUCCCAAUACAUGGGGCUGCACUGCAAUACCAGACACGGCCCACGGGCGAGAGUGGUGCUGCUUCUGUAAAACACGUAAGGCCUUUUUCGAAUCUCCUGACAUGUCUGUUUUGGGAAAUACUUGUAUUCGCCAUAGCAAUGCUAACUUUCCAUUGUGCCGCUUCUCUGCUAUUCCUCCUAGAAAUGUAUCCCUUGUCAGAGGAGGGUGUCUGUACAAAGUCUAAGGCCUUAUCCACACAUCAGUGUUUGGUCAGUGAUUUCCAUCAGUGAUUGUGAGCCAAAACCAAGAGCGGGUCCAAACAGAAAGCCGGUGCAGAUUUUUCCCUCAUACCUUAUGUCUGUGUAGGAUCCCCUCCUGGUUUUGGCUCACAAUCACUGACUAAACACUGUGUGAUUUUUAUUUUUAUUUUUUUUAUUUUUUUGUGGAACCAUUGAAAUGAAAGGUUCCGUAUACGGACCGUAUACGGAGUACAAAAAAACGGCCCGUACACUCGCCCAAAAAAACGUUUGUGUGAACUAGGCCUCAGUGUUUGGUUAGUGAUUUGUGAGCCCAGAUUGGAUCCCACAGACAUAAGCUCUAAGGGGAAGAGUUGCUCCUGUUCUGUGUUUGGUACCCGCACAAUAAGGGCGCAUUCAGACGACCGCGCCGCCUUUUGCUGUCCACAAAUUGCGGUUCCGCGAAACACUGAUGCAGUUUGUGUGCCUUCUGCAGUUUGCCAUUAUAGAAAUGCCUAUUCUUGUCCGCGAUUGUGGACAAGAAUAGGACACGCUGUCUGCCUCUUUUGCGGUCCCAUUCAUACAGUCGUGUGAAUGAGCCCUUAGUAAUCAAACACUGACUACUGUGCGAAAGCGGCCUUACACCGCCAGCGCUGAUUGGACAGUGUGAGAGUACGCAGGGAACACCCGCUUGCCAAUCUUUUUAUACAUUUCUAAGAGGAAUAACAGAGGAACUGCGCAGCCUAGCGAGAAGCAUUGUCGUUUCGUAGGGAAAUACAGGUUUGUGCUAAAAUGGACAAUGCCAGGGGAGGCGGACGGGUCCUCUUUAACCCUUUGCGUGCUGUAGCAAGCCAAGCCAUCUUCGCUCAAUAACAAUGGUUUUCAUUGGCUGCAGCAGUUAUCGGAGGCGCUCGGAGAUCCCUCUGCAGAGACCUGAUUAGAGGCCGCACCUAUGGGGGAAGUGAGAGCUGGAAGAGGUGAAAGGUGCCAGAGAUAAGCUUCUCUUGGAAGAUUACAGGAAGCUAAAUGACAUUUCCAUUACAAGCUGCUGAUAGUAUUCAGAGAUGCUCUAUAAACACUUCAGGAAUGCGCACCGCAGAGCGCGCUAUCAUUUAUGGGAUUCCACUGUCUUGUCCUCUGUAAUGAUAAGUCCUGCCGUACUGAGCACAACGCAGGAGGGGAUUACAGCAGGCAAUCUCCGGCAUGCGGCUCGCCUCCUUCUUGUGUUGAUGGCAGUAGUAUUUAUAUAUGCGGCUUAAAGGGAGUUUGUCACUAGGACAGGACUCUUUAAAAGGGUUUUUUGGGGGAGUAGGGGUGUUUUGGACAGAUCCCCCCCCCCCCCCCCCUCCAUGCCACCAGUCCUGUGUGGUUAGUGGUACCCAGUACCAGGCCAUGUUCAACAUUUAGGAGGGGCCAGGAAGCUAGAAAACAUCUAGGCAUGUAACAAAGAGGUUAGCUCCAUUAAAGACACCGUCAGGGUAAGAUGUGUCUUUCUUCUACCACCUCUCUUCAUAUCAUAUGGGCUUCGGCUAGAUGCCAUGUUGGGAACGCAUCCGGGCAGCUCCCUCAUUUGUUAUCUUUUGGGUUUAUUUUAUCAUAGUUUAGUAAACUUUUUAAUCACCUAACUUAUGUUAAGCCUAUUUAUUCCCGUAUCUCAGAAUUCACGAUAAUGCACAUCUGCUCCUUGUAGGGCUGUUGUGUGUGUGUGUGUUCCGUAUUUCUUGCUUGUAUAUGUUGUGGUGCCAUGCAUGUUGUUGAUCGGGGAGCCGUGUCAGUGUAUUUCAGGUGUCAUCAUCAUGCCAAGACGGAUGCUAAUACCUCACAAGUCUGUUUUCUCUUACUCCCGGCCUCCAAAGUGGCUGAAUGGUCCCUGUACUAUGAACUCAGCCGGAAGUGGUUACCGGGUGUUCUCUGCUAACUCCAGUCCUGCCUGCGUGGAACUGGCCAAGAGAAUCACCGAGCGGCUGGGAAUAGAACUUGGGAAAGCGGUUGUCUACCAGGAGACCAAUGGAGAAACCAGAGUGGAGAUCCAGGAAUCUGUGCGUGGGCAGGAUAUAUUUAUCAUACAGACCAUCCCAAGGGACGUGAACACCGCAGUGAUGGAGCUGCUGAUCAUGACGUACGCUCUUAAGACGUCCUGCGCUAAGAACAUCAUCGGGGUCAUUCCGUAUUUUCCUUACAGUAAACAGUGUAAAAUGCGCAAGAGGGGAUCCAUCGUAUGCAAACUGAUGGCCUCCAUGCUUUCCAAUGCUGGACUCACACACAUCAUCACAAUGGACCUGCAUCAAAAAGAGAUCCAAGGCUUCUUCAACUUUCCAGUGGACAACCUCCGAGGGUCGCCAUUCCUGCUCCAGUACAUACAAGAGGAGAUUCAAGAUUACAGAAAUGCAGUGAUAGUGGCAAAGUCUCCAGAUGCGGCAAAGAGGGCACAGUCUUAUGCCGAGCGGCUGCGUCUGGGACUUGCAGUGAUCCACGGGGAGCCACAAUGUUCAGAACACGAUAUGGUGGAUGGGCGUCACUCUCCACCCACUAUGAAGAAUACCACAGUGCACCCCGGGCUGGAGAUCCCCUUGAUGAUAGCCAAGGAAAAGCCGCCGAUCAGCGUGGUGGGAGAUGUGGGUGGACGCAUCGCCAUCAUCGUGGAUGACAUCAUUGAUGAAGUGGAGAGCUUCGUGGCUGCCGCGGAGAUUCUUAAGGAACGUGGCGCAUACAAGAUUUUUGUGAUGGCCACUCAUGGUAUCUUGUCUGCCGAUGCCCCCAACCUUAUUGAAGACUCUUCUAUCGAUGAGGUUGUGGUGACAAACACCGUCCCCCAUGAGGUGCAGAAACUCCAGUGCUCAAAGAUCAAGACAGUGGACAUCAGUCUGAUUCUGUCAGAGGCGAUCCGUCGGAUCCACAACGGAGAGUCCAUGUCCUACCUUUUCCGCAACAUUGCCAUGGACGAUUGAAGGGCUCCCACCCUUCAGCCAUGCGCUGGAUACGUGCCAGUCUCGAGUGGGUGAAGAAGCUCCGCGUGCAGAAAAGGGCAGACAUCGAUUGAGGAAUCCAGUCCUUUUUUUCUUUUUGCAUUCACACUACAGGCACUGCCACUUUACUGUUGGGAAUGAGGGGAACCCUGCAUUAUCUCUCUGGAUGAGAACGGGGCACACCUGAAUUGGGGCUUUGAAAGGAUUUGCAGCUUGGGUUGUAAAUUUCCCUUCAGUCCAUUAAGAACUGGAUGCAUUAACCUUAUAGUUUUUCCUUUCGGAUACAGACUAUCUGAGCCUUUCAAUAACCAACGAAACCGCGUUAACCGCAGAAACAAUACAGACCGCCAGCACAGACUGCGGAUGCCACGUACACGUGUGUCAAUGUAUACAUGUAUGACACAUGCUGCACAUUCACAUGCAUUCAAUACAUACAAACAUGAAGAAUUGGGUGGCUGGCUAAGUGGUUUCUGUAAUGUCAAGGUCUGCCCAGCCUCAGGAUGGCACUUGCCCCUAUACUGGGCAACGGUCAUGUCAUUGACAGCGUGAGCAUGCACAUGAUACAAACAUGCAUUCAUUUACUUAACGCAUUGUGGUUUACGUGUAUGGCGUGUCUGCUUACGCAAAUGUGCAUGAAUAUGAAUCUAAAAAAAAAAAGGGAAAAAGUCAAUAUUCCAGUGCAAAUGUUCAGUUGACCGUGCCGUUAGAUCAUCAAGAGCCCCAUAAUAGUAAUCAUUAUUCAUGGGGCCUUUUAAUUGAGGACCCCCAGCAGGGGCUGCAGUCAUCUCGGCCCCGAUGCCUGCAUAAACAAUGAAGAUUCCCCUUCAUGCGGCCUAUCUGUGAGGGGCCCAAAAUUUGGUUUUCCACUCUUCUGAUAUUAAAGCGGUUUUCUGGUAUUAUCCUAUUGAUGACCUGUCUCCAGGAUAGGUCAUCAGUAUGAGAUUGGCGGGGGUCUGAUUCCCGGGACCCCCACCGAUCAGCCAUUUGAGGAGACCAUAUUGCCACGGCAUCUUGCCGUACAUUGUGUAGCGACUCUGCUUGGUAUCACAGCUCAGCCCUAUUCACUUCAAUAGGACUGAGCUGCGCCUAGGCCACGUGAGCAAGGAACGUGGCCUAGGAAGAGGCCGCAGCGCUCACCGGCCCCUUCGUCUAGCUGAUUGGCAGGGGUCCCGGGAGUCUAACCCCUUAAUAUCUCAUAUUGAUGAUAGGUCAUCAAUAUGAAAGCUCCUUUAAUGACCUGUCCUUAGGAUAGGGAAUCAAUGAUCACUUCUGGAAAUAGUACUCAGAGCAAGAAACAUCGAUCGGUUAUUAUUUUGUCCCUCUUUAGUGGGGGUCUUCAAAUCUAAGGGGCUGUUCACAUCACUUUUUUUGUCCCACAUUUAACAUAUACGUUGGGAGGGAGGGACGGAUGCAAGAUUGUAGUGUACUACACUCUUCCAUCCUGCAGAGGCCAGCUAAAAACGGUAUAUGUUAAAUGGAUAUUUUUAGCGAGACAAAAACAUGAUAUCCUCGGGAUAUGCCAUAAAUGUCUGCUAGAUGCCGGUCUUCUCUCUGGGACCUGCGCCUAUCACCGCUGAGACUGGAGAGGUGGACGUGCAUGCAUGAGUCUCUCCAUUCAUUCUUAUGGAAAUGCCAAAAACAGGUGAGCAAUCCCUUAAAGGGGUUCACCAGGAUUUUAUAUAUAUGGCCUGUCCUUAGGAUAGGUCAUCCAUAGAAGAGCGGUGGGGGUCCGACUCUCAGCACCCAUGAUGAUCAGCUGUUAUUCAGUACCCCAGAAACGACACCGCUCUCCAUGGUGUAGUGAACGGAGCCUGGUUACUACUACUCCCAUUCACUUCAUUGGAAGCGGCGCUGCAAUAGCCAACUCUGUCAUCUACACAGAGAGGCCAGGACAGCUGAUCAACCGGACUGGCCAGAGUCGGCACCCCUCCCCUCUGAUAUUGAUGACAUAUCCUACAGAGAACCCCUUUAAGGUCUAAGGGCCUAUUCGCACUUUUGCAGUGUACAUCAGAGUUAUAUGCUAGAAGGAUUUCCUGACGUCUACCCCUUACACAUACCAGUGGCAUAUUAUAUCACCCAAAGGCUCCCAAACUGUAAAGCGCCCUAUACGUUUUUUUUUUUUUUUACUAGGUACGUCGGCAUAGUUUACCAUGCAAAAAAAAAAUGUAUACCAGACCAAUGCAAGCCAAAAGGGCACUCUUUUGGCCUCCGUCAAUUAAAGGGGUAAUCCGGUAGACUAAGUUAUAACUAUUAGAUCGGUGAGGGUCCUACCGCUGGGACUGAUCACAAGAACGGUAGGACCCCCACUGAUCUAAUAGUUAUCCCCUGUGGAUAGGGGAUAACUUAAUCUAACCAGAAUACCCCUUUAAGCAUAGGCUAAAAUGGAUACUGCAAACUCACUGUGAAUACACCCUAAAUAGAGCGUUGUGAGAAAUCCGAGUGCCAACCUGCACAACUGCUUCUACGGAUCCUUCAGGGGUACUUACUUUUGUAGAUCCCCCCCAUGUCUCUGCCUAUCAGACUGGGCCGCUCUUUUACCGAUGGGUCAGGACACUUCGUGCCUGAGCUCUGUACUGACGGGAAGGAUCAGAUGUCAGUGCACCUAAUGAGGUGCACUCUAAUACCUAUAGAAAUGUAUAUACAACCUGUGUGUAUAUUUUCGCACUGUAUGUCCUCCAGGGCAUUGCUUGAAUUAUACAAGACUUGUGUGUCUGCAGACCACCAUGAUGCUGACGUCCUGUGAAUCCUAUUGCCGUCCUGAUUUCAUUCCCGUCAGACGUCCCUCCGUGUAUGGGGGAGAUCUGGGCAAUAAUCUACACGGAUAUGCUAUUCACAAUGGUGUUCUCAUGUAUUACUGUAUAUAGUUUACAAUAAACCUGUUUGCCGUCUUAAAGGGGUAUUCCCAUCACAGACAAUGGGGGCAUAUCGCUAGGAUAUGCCUCCAUUGUCUGAUAGGUGCAGGACCCACCCCUACGCCGAGAACGGAGUGGGGAGAGUGGUGGCCGCCAAGCGCUCUCCCCAUACAAGUGAAUGGGAGUGCACCGUGCUUGCGCGGCCACCACACCCAUUCAUUUCUAUGGGGCCGACGGAAGUAGCCGAGCCAGCUCUGCUCCCUCCACCACCUUCCUUGCUCUGUUCUCGGUGUAGGUCCCGCACCUAUCAGACAAUGGGGGUCAUAGCCUAGCAAUAGGCCCCCAUUGUCUGUGAAGGGAAUACCCCUUUAAAAGGCCCUGUCCACCUUUGCAUCCAAAUGGUCUCUGUGCAUCUAAAGUGAAGAACAAAGCAAUACGUCCGCGCCGGUUCUCAUUCAUCCAAGUCAACAUUUGGCCUUACUGCAUUUUCUCUUGAAGACAUUUCAGUAGUCAUCUGACUGGCUUUCUCAGUUAGAAUGACUUGUACAAGGAAUCUCUGGCAUUAAAUACUCUUGCUUCAAUCAGAACAAUAUGUUUAUCAUAAUCAAGGACCUCAUUGAGGUAAGAUAUUGAUUGCAUUUGCACGCCCGAAUCUACUUUGCUAUAAAAAAAAAUAUCCAAAAUGCACUGUCGUUUUCUGUCUCCAGCUCCUAUGCAGACAAGCCAUCUCCAUGGCAACCUGUAAUCUUUUCCUGCCAUCCCGUUUCCUUCCAGUUGUUCCCUACUUUAUUAGAACGUACAUGUCAGAUUAGCAAGAAAGUAAAGGACGAUAGAAGACAGUAAGGGCUGCAGGAUCAGACCGCACAAGGUUUGCUUGUUGUCUGUUACCAUGGAGACACAUUCAGUUCUGCAUGGGACCUGUAGGUGAAAAACGGUAGGAAAAUUUGAAUGGCUGACUAUGACAAAGUUGCUUCCGUUCUUUUUUUAGAUGCAUUGAGACAAUGAAGAAAUAAUUGUGAAGGUGGACGUAACCUUUAAAAGUAUUUCAAGACUGCUCUAGGCGGUUUUAUGUAGUGUAUUAUACUGAGUUUGUGUGUUUUAUCUCUUUAAAGGGGUUUGCGAUAGGGGAUAAGUGUCUGAUUGGUGGAGCUCCGACCACUGGGGCCCCCCCGCCAAUCUCGCGAACCGCGCUCCCCCGUGUGAAUGGAGCGGUGUCACACAUGCACGCUGCUGAUCCAGCCACUCUAUGGGGUUUGCCGGAGAUGACCGAGCGCUUGUACUCCCAUAGAUUUGAAUGGAGCGGCGAACACACAUGGGCCCUUCUUCUCAUGAUGGGUGGGAGCCCCAGCGAUCGGACUCCCAUCAGAACACUUCUCCCCAUCCUGUGUAUAAACAACCUCUUUAAUUAAUAUAUAAUAAUUUAGUGUUGCAGCCAAUAAUUUCGUUUUUUUCAUGAUUUAACUGGGCUGAAAACAUAAUCUGAAUUUAGUUUAGUGUUUUUGUUGUAAUCCUGCGUUUUGUAGUUUGUUAUUUUAUGGCUGAUUUGGGUUGGAUUUUUGUGGUGAUAUUUUAGGUUGACAUAAAGGAUCAUUUGCUUCCAUA